GCAGGCGAAAAGCAACCACGACGCUGCGGGGGGUGCCGGUCCCCUCCCCUCCUCGGUUUUUUCAGUGCAGUCACGAGACGGACGCUCAGAGGUCCGUGCUCCGCUGCUCCCACCGCGCUGCCCUGCGCUUCUCCUGAUUUUAGUAAGUCUCUUCCGCGCCACGGGUCACGUUAUAUCUGCGCUACAUCCCGCUGCCCAAGCGCCUCCCCUCCCCUUGCUCUGCCCGCUUUCGCUAGGAACCCAAGAAACAACUGGCAAUGAGGGACAUGAGUGUCGACGCCGGCGGCAUGGGGGCGAUGCCGAUGCCGCCACCGCGGGCCGACCACACGGUAACGAAGGCGGCGGCGCCGCACAAAAUGAUGGAGAUGAUGCACAUGACCUUCUUCUGGAGCGACCGCGUGGUGGUCCUCUUCCCGGGCUGGCCGGGGGAGCGCGGCGCCGGGAUGUACCUCCUCUGCCUCCUCCUCGUGCUUGCUCUCGCCGCCCUCACCGAGGCACUCGCCCUGCUCUCGCGCCGCCUCGCCCGCCGCGGUGAGGACGGCGGCCCGGCCACGGCAGCCUCCGCGGCGCUGCUGACGGCGGUGCACGCCGCCAGGAUGGGGAUGGCCUACCUGGUGAUGCUGGCCGUCAUGUCGUUCAACGUCGGCGUCCUCCUCGCGGCAGUCGCCGGCCAUGCCGUCGGGUUCCUCUUCGCGCGGAGCAGAGUGCGCACCGGAGCGGCGCGCGGUAAUAUCACACCCCCUGAGCUCUGUGGCGUCCCGCCGUCUCACCUGUCCAAGCCUUAGUCAGAUUCCGGUCAAAAUUGCUUCUGUGAUCUUCUUGUACUAGCCCUAAAGAUAGUACAGUACCCACAAGUCCAGAUUCUUGCUAAAACAUGCGUUUACAUCUGUCUUACAGGGACUAACUAGUAACCACUACUGAUCUCGUCUUA